AUCCCCACCCAUCCAUUCCUCAGCUGAGAAGUGAAGCCAUCGCUCACCUUGUCCUCAGCAGCGAGUUGUGCGCCGCGUCCCGUGCGGCGCUGGGCUCUGGGCUGCUCGGGUGGAACGGCCCCGGCCACGCGGUGCAGGGUGGGGGGAAACUGCUGAGCGCUUCUGUUGGUGGCAGGUCGGCGGGAUGCGGGAUGCGGGAUGCGGGACGUGCGACGGGUGCGGGAUGUGCGAUGCGGGAUGCGGGACGCGGCUGCUCCUUUCGGUGCCGGCUCUCGGUGCAGCCGGGUGCUGGGUUGGUUCCUCUCCCCCUCCCGCUCUGAGCUGCUCCGCUGCGUCGGGUUCUCCUUGCUCGGCCUCUGCUGCGCUGCCCUGCGCCUGCUCCUGAGUCUGAAGUGGGUUGGGUGCGCAGAGGCUGUUUUCCUUUUUGUUUUUUUUUUGUUUAUUAAAAAACAAAGUGCUUUGUCGGUCUGCGGCUCAUCCUGCAGGGAAGAAGCCCUGACACCCGGCUGGCUGGUGCCCGUCCCAGCCUGCUCCUCGGGGCACGGUGACGGAGCCGUGGUGCGUUCAGCUCGGUGGUGCCCGAGGCCGCGGUCAGCUCAGUGCUGGGGAUGGAAGCACGCGGUGUUGUGCGGCGGUGCUGGGCCUGGGGCAGCCCUGGGAUUGCCGAGGAUGGCUGGUUUUGCUUUUCUUUUUCAUUUUGACUGCGACGGAAGGGCCUGCGUUAAGGUGCUUAGUGUGUGUUCUGCAGCAGGUUCGGGUCUCUGGAUGAGCGCACCGCGGGCCGUCGCUUCGGGCUCCCGGGGCUCUUUCUGUCCCACUUUGGUUCCUGAAUCCAGGCAGCGCUUUGCUCAGGGUUUCCUUCCGUCUUUGUGUUGCAAUUCGGGAAGGGGAGGGGCGAGAGGCUGACCCAGGCUUUGGCCACGUGUUUUGUUUUCUUCGAUACUUGAAGCUGUUUUUUGGCACCGUGAUACGAAGCUGUCCGGCGCUUGGCGCGUUCCGCUGCUCUUUGCCCUGAGACCAAGAAACGCCGGGCUCCUCCCUGCCCCCCCCCACCCCUCGCUGGACAGCACAGGGGGCAGCCCCGGCCCCGGCCCCAUCGGCGCUGGGUGUGACGCGGGGGGCACAGGACCGCCACCACCCCGGCCCCGUUUGCACUUUACCCACAUCCACCGACACCCGCUCCUCCCGAUGCGUGGUGCUGCCCCAGCCCAGCGCGGCACCGUGGGUCGGGCUUCCCCUCCCUCCCUCCUCGUGGGGCUGGGGGUCCCAUAACCCGGGGCUGCCCCGGUGCCCGCUGCCCUCCGAGGUCCCCCUGGCGAUGCUGGCUGCCCGGGGAGGGGCUGAGCAUCCCCACCCUGCUCUGCAGGGAUCGCUGCGGGGGGUUCCUCCUCCUCCCCGCUUUGGCACGGGGCCGCGUGGGCUCCCCGCUGGCUCGAGGGGCCCCGAGCGAAGCGCUCCCAGACAGCGCCCUGGGACAGCAGCAGCAGUACUUGAAUGGCUUAGGGCAGAGAGUCUGAAGAGAGUCAAGUUGCACAGUGAAAAUAUAUAUUUUUAUACCUAGCACAACUUCCUGUAUAUUUUUGGGGUUCUUUCUUUCCUUUUCUUUUCUUUUUUUUUUUCCCUUUUUUUUUUUUUUUUUUCCCUUCUUCUUUGCUUUGGGUUCGUUUUAGUACUUACUAUUACUAGGAAGGCAAACUUCUAAAAUGUGAAGGGCGUUGGGUUUCUCCUUAUCUGGUAGAUGAGGGCAAGCAUUUUGCACUAAUGUUUCCUGUGUGUGGAGGAUUAAUGAUAUGUUUGAAAAUGUUAUAUGGAUAAUGAUUGUAUUCUUCCGACAAACACAACCACGUUACCCCUUUGAAAUACUGAAUGUAACGCGAGAACAGAGCAGUCCAUCGAUUGUAUGCGGCUUUCCUGAGUGCCUUAGAAUUUUUUGAUCUUUUUUUUUUUUCCUUUUUUUUUUCUCUUUUUUUUCCAAGGAAAACAGAUGGAGAGAAUCAGAUCAUAACCAACUCCUUCCUCCUCUUUGUUUACGACACUAUUUUAAAUUAUAGAAUUCGGGGCUGCUUUAUAAUGUGAAUAGGAAACUGCAUUCAUCUAGGUCUGAUAGUGUAAAAUCAGAGCAUCAGUAUUUAUGGUAUGUCUGCACCUUUAUUCCUAUGCUUGACUAUUAGCAAUAUUACAUGUAUAUGAUAUAUCUAAAGUUAUACCAAGCACCUUUAAAGAAAUCAGAGCGCGCGCUCCGUGCAGUCCCCACAUCCCCACAUCCCUGUAUCCCCCUAUCUCCACAUCCCCACGUCUCCUUAUCUCCUUAUCCCCACACCCCCACCUCCCCCCUCCCCCAGCUCCCAGCAGCAGAGUGCUGUAGGACCCCUCGCUCCGGGCCGUGUCCCAGCAGCAGUGGGGUGCCGUGCCCGUCCCGCUGUGGGGUGCACGUGGGCUGGUGGCCACACGGAGCCCCUGGAGCAGGGGCUGCCGCCUUUCCCGGUCGUUUUCCUGCUGAGGUUUUGUCGGGAUUGCUUAUUUUUACGGAAAUAACUUGCUGCGAGCGGAGCAGGCCCGUUCACCAAGCCAAAACCAAGAGACCGGCCCCGUUCGCCUCUGCCGGCUUUAAAUCCUGCACGCAGCACGGGGAGUUCGCGGCCGUCCCGGGCUCCAGCUGCUGUUUCAGGGUGUUCCUGCUGUACAGAUCCGUCGCGUUGUCAGCCCAGGAGCUGCAGGCGUUCCCCGGCCCGAGGCCACGGCCGGGGCUGCCCCGAACCCCGGGGCUGUCGGAGCCCCGCGCUCCCAUGAGUUUCUUCCACUGUAGAAGCGUUUUGCACACGACGGUUGGUUUUUAUGUCGAAGUGAAAAAUAAUAAUAAUAAUAAUAAUAAUAAAAUAAAUAUAUAUAUAUUAAAAAAAAAAAAAGCCAAAACUCGCAAUACUAUUUUUAAGCAGACAAAACGAAUAAAGAAAGAAAGAAAGAAAGAAAGGAAAGAAACGAACCAACCGACGCCGUACGAACGGUGCCUGGCUCGGAGACGCGGUGAAACUGUGCUCACAGCUGUUUUCAGAUGA